AUGAAUCCACAAGGUUCCUCUCCUCCUUCGUCUUCCCAAUUCCAUUGUUGUUGUUGUUGUCGUGGUGGUGGUAGUGUUGGUGACGAUAACAAUGCAGAAGCAGUAGGCAAUGGCAACAAUGGAAUUGAAGGAGGAGGAAGUGGUGGUGGUGAUGGUGUCAAUGGGGAAAAAAAGUCAUCAUCAUUUUGGUCGUCAUGUCCACCUGGUUUCAGAUUCCACCCAUCCGACGAGGAGCUCCUCCUUUACUAUCUCAAGCGCAAAAUCUUCCGCCGCCGUUGCCUUAACCCUGGCAUCAUUACCGAAACCGACAUCUACAAGUGGGAUCCUGAAGAUUUGCCUGGACAAUCGGUGUUGAAGAGCAGGGAGAGGCAAUGGUACUUCUACAGCACGACGGACAAGAAGUACCCCAACGGCCCUCGAACCAACCGUUCUACUCUUCACGGUCACUGGAAAGUCACCGGCAAGGUUCGAAACAUCUACUGGAAUAAUAACAGGAUAUUGGGAAUGAAGAAGACCUUGGUCUUCUACAAGGGCCGUGCUCCCGCUGGUGAACGCACCGACUGGGUCAUGCAUGAGUAUACCAUGGACGAUCGCCAGCUUCCGGAUUCCCAACUCUUUCCUCAUCAGGAUUCCUAUGUUCUGUGUAAGGUUUUCAAGAAGAACGGGCUUGGUCCCCGGAACGGCGAGCAUUAUGGGGCACCAUUUUCAGAAGAGGAUUGGGCCGUUGACCUUGAUAAUAACCUGCCCGAUGAUAAAUUAACCACCCAAAAUUCUUCUCUCAAUGGAGUUUCAGCUAAUAUUCAUCUAGAGGAAGAGAUUUUGAAGCGAAUCACACCUGAGCACGAAAUUAGCCAACCCACCACUACCAAUGGUUGUAGCUAUGUACACUCUCAGUUGAAAAGAAAGUUAAAUGCAAUGGAUGGAAACAAGUCAGAAUUGAGGCGUGUGGGAGGUUACACUAACUGUGAAGUUCAAAAGAAGAUGGAUGAUCUAAAAAAACAGCUGAAAGAAAGGGCAGAUGAAAUAGAAGAUUUGGAAACCCUUAAUCGAACUCUUAUGGUCAGAGAGCACCAAAGCAAUCAGGAGCUUCAGGAAGCACGCAAAGAACUAAUUGAAGCUAUGAAUGAAUUCUCAAACAAUCGUGCUGUAAUUGGGAUCAAGCGAUUAGGAGAGCUCAAUGAGAUACCAUUUCGAGAUCUAUGCUUAAAAAAAUUUCCAGCUGGAGAUUGGGAUGUGAAAUCUUCUGAGUUAUGCUCAGCAUGGCAAGAAAACAUUAAAAAUUCUGAGUGGCAUCCUGUCAAAACAAUAAUCAUAGAUGGAAAACUCCAAGAAAUAAUAGAUGAGAGUGACAAGAAACUAAAAGAGCUGAAGGAUAAGUGGGGUGAUGAGGUACAUGAGGCUGUAGCAACUGCAUUGUUGGAGAUCAAUGAAUACAACCCAAGCGGGAGAUAUGCAGUUCCAGAACUUUGGAACUUCAAGGAAGAAAGGAGAGCCAGUUUGAAGGAGGCCAUCCAGUACAUCCUGAAGCGUCGAAGAAGAUAACAAUGAAGGCAAGAAGCAGUAAAGGUGCAUAUAAAAACUUUUUCCUAUUUGCAUAAUCUUUUGCACUGGACAUCUGAAUGGUAAAAGAUGAGUUAAAAUCUGAUGGGAAAACUUGAACAUCAAUCUGCAGAGAGCUGACAGAGUUGAAAUCUGAUGGGAGAACUUGAAUAUCAAUCUGCUGAGAGCUGAAAAUGGAAUUCAUCAAUUUAUGAAAGCCAUCAAGACAAUCAUGUAUGCUGCCCAUGCCACCUAACCUGGGUUUCUUGUUUAAUUAUUUCCUGGGAGAACAUCAGCACAUGCAACUAUGAUUUGUACCAUUAGUUAAAUUAAUAAUUAUUCUUGUUCUUGAAGAGAAGUGCUUUCAUCA